AUGCGCGUGCGCCUGGAUCUUGGCUUUAACUUUUUUGAUAGUUUCAGAGCUCUCAACCUCAAGGGUGCCCUUGGUGUAUGGACACAGACCAAGUGUCGGCGUAGAUGGACACGGGUCAAUGGACUGAAGGUUGGAAACUUGUGGGCGCGAUUUCCGCGCGAGGGGUGGAAUUUUUGGGGUGUUCGCGCAAAAUAUCCUUCACCCCCGUGCAGAAUAUCCCCAAGGACCCCAACUCGAACCCGAUUCCACAACCCUAACCAGUGGCUAUUGCCGCCGCCCUCGUGCUCGAUCCACAAUCCUGUCGCCGGCCUUGCACUCCACCCCGUCGUCAAGCCGUCGUGUCGGAGCUCGCAUUCCCCCGCCCCCGAGCUCCACCCCGACAUCUACCUGUCCUUGCACUCCACCCCUUCCCCUCAAGCUCCAUCCCAAGGCCGAGCCGCCGUCUUCGAGAUCCACAUACAACCGCCGUCCUCGGGCCGCCCCCUCGACAUCCAGCCGUCGUCCUCGCCAAUCCCCGCCCUGCUGCUGCCGGGGCCCCAUCUCCGGCUCCCCCCAUUGCUGCACCUGCUGUUGCCAGGCCUCCAUCUCUGGGCUCCCGCUGCUGCCGGUCCUGCUGCAAUUGGACCUGCUACUGCCGGUCCUGCUGCAAUGGGACCUGCUGCUGCUGGGGAUCCAUCCCCUUCGAGCUGCGCCCCUCUCGAAGCCAGCCGUCGCCAUGCCCUAAGUGUCAUACAGGCAAGGAAAAGAGAUGGUGAAGAAGGAGCUUCAGCAGGCAUGAUGGUUCGACAACCACAACGUCGCAAGGCCAUCCCCAUUGCCCGUCAACACUAUUUCAGGCACUUAGCCAACUGGUGCACAUGGACGUGAUGACUUUGUAGUGUUUAUGGACCAACCAACCUGUAAUCAUGGAUCUUAUCUGUCUACUAGACAAUUUGAUGUUUCGAGUAUUUUGGAGCUUGCACUCUGUGCAUGUGGAUGCAUACUUGUGUGUUCUGGACCAUCUAGCUGAAGUCUCUUGUACCAGCAAAUAGUGCUCAUCCUUUUGUGACUUGUGUACUCUGGGUGAUUGUUAAGAUGGUCAAACUAUGCUUUGUCAAGAUUUGAUGUGUUUGUCAACUUGCGUUCAAUGUAUAUGCAUGUUUGUGAACA